GGGGAAUAUUUCUCAGCAUUCAAGCAGGCUUCUCGGCGAGAGGAUGAUAUUGCUAUAGUGACCUGUGGAAUGAGAGUCUUGUUCCAAGAGGGAACCAGCCGAGUACAAGAGAUUAAGCUGAGCUAUGGAGGGAUGGCUCCAACAACUGUGCUGGCUACUAAAUCCUGUCAAGAGAUCAUUGGCAGGGAGUGGAAAGAAAAGCUUUUGCAGGAUGCCUGCUGCAAGCUGGCCAAUGAGAUGAAUCUGUCUCCUUCAGCUCCAGGUGGUAUGGUGGACUUCCGGCGAACUCUCACGCUCAGCUUCUUCUUUAAGUUCUAUCUCACUGUGCUUCAGAAAUUAAGUAUAGAACUCAAUGGUAAU